CCCGAGUACCGGGAGAGCAUCCGGGAGAACCUGGAGGUGGGUUAUGAGGUGUUGACCAUCCGUGCCACUGACGGUGAUGCCCCAGCUAACGCCAACAUGCUUUACCGUUUGCUGGAGCCAGGAGCUGGUGAUGGGGUCUUUGAGAUCGACCCGCGCUCCGGGGUUGUGAGGACCCGAGCCCCAGUGGACCGCGAGGACGUCUCCGAGUACCACCUGGUGGUAGAAGCCAAUGACCAGGGCAAGGAUCCGGGACCUCGCAGUGCCACGGCUAUGGUGCACAUCACCGUCGAGGAUGAGAACGACAACUACCCCCAGUUCAGUGAGAAGCGCUACCUGGUUCAGGUGCCAGAGGAUGCCCCAGUGAACAGCCAGAUACUGCAGGUGCAGGCCACAGAUCGGGACCGGGGCAGCAAUGCCCAGGUGCACUACAGCAUUGUGAGUGGCAACCUGAAAGGCCAGUUCUACAUCCACUCCUUCUCCGGCGCCAUCGACCUGAUCAAUCCUCUGGAUUACGAGACUAUUCGGGAGUACACGCUCCGGAUCAAAGCCCAGGAUGGGGGCAGGCCUCCCUUGAUCAACUCCAGUGGCAUGGUGUCGGUGCAGGUCGUGGAUGUGAAUGACAAUGCCCCCAUCUUUGUGAGCACUCCCUUCCAAGCCACGGUGCUGGAGAACGUUCCUCUGGGCUACUCGGUGUUGCACAUCCAGGCUGUGGAUGCUGACUCCGGGGAGAACGCCCGCCUGGAGUACAAACUCAUAGAGAUGGCACCAUCCACCGGAGGUACCCCCGUAGCAGGUGACUCUGGGUUCCCUUUUCAGAUCAACAACAGCACAGGGUGGAUCACGGUGGCUGCAGAGCUGGACCGAGAGACUGUGGAGAACUAUCACUUUGGGGUGGAGGCCAGGGACCAUGGUAUACCAGUCAUGACCUCCUCAGCCAGCGUGUCCAUCACUGUCCUGGAUGUGAAUGACAACAACCCCACCUUCACAGAGAAGGUGUAUCACCUCAGACUGAACGAGGACGCAGCUGUGGGCAGCAGUGUCCUGACCCUGACAGCAGUGGACAGGGACGUUAACAGCGUUGUAACUUACCAAAUCACCAGUGGCAACACCAGGAACCGUUUUGCCAUCACCAGUCAGAGUGGAGGGGGGCUGAUCACGCUGGCCUUGCCCCUGGAUUACAAGCAGGAAAGGCAGUAUGUGCUCACAGUCACUGCCUCUGACGGCACUCGCUUUGACACCGUCCAGGUCUUCAUCAACGUCACGGAUGCCAACACGCACCGCCCGGUCUUCCAGAGUUCCCACUACACAGUAAGCGUCAGUGAGGACAAGCCCAUUGGCACCUCUAUUGUCACCAUCAGUGCCACUGAUGAAGACACGGGGGAGAACGCAAGAAUCACUUACAUCUUGGACGAUAAUAUCCCCCAGUUCCGCAUUGACCCUGAUACAGGCACCAUCACCACCCUGAUGGAGCUGGACUACGAAGACCAGGCCUCCUACACAUUGGCCAUUACAGCGCAUGACAAUGGCAUCCCCCAGAAAUCGGACACCACCUAUGUUGAGAUCCUCAUCCUGGAUGCCAAUGACAAUGCGCCCCGCUUCCUGCGCGACCGCUACCAGGGCUCGGUUUUCGAGGAUGUGCCGCUCUCCACCAGCGUCCUGCAGCUGUCUGCCACUGACCGUGACGCAGGCCUAAAUGGCCGUCUCCUCUACACGUUCCAAGGCGGUGACGAUGGAGAUGGAGACUUCUACAUCGAACCCACUUCUGGAGUGAUACGCACACUGCGCAAGCUGGACCGUGAGAAUGUGGCUGUCUACAGCCUGCGGGCCUUUGCUGUGGACAGGGGCAGCCCGCCGCUGAAAGCUUCCGUGGAUAUCCAAGUGACUGUGCUAGACAUCAACGACAACCCCCCUGUCUUUGAGAAGGAUGAAUUUGACAUCUUUGUGGAGGAGAACAGCCCCGUGGGCUCUAUUGUGGCACGCAUCAGUGCUGCCGACCCCGAUGAGGGGACCAAUGCACAAAUCAUGUAUCAGAUCGUAGAGGGGAACAUCCCUGAGGUCUUCCAGCUGGACUUGCUCAAUGGAGACCUCACGGCCCUGAUGGACCUGGAUUAUGAGAGCCGGACAGAGUACGUGAUUGUGGUGCAGGCCACUUCUGCCCCUCUUGUGAGCCGGGCAACGGUGCACAUACGCCUCCUGGAUCAAAAUGAUAACCCACCGGUGCUGCAGGACUUCCAGAUCCUCUUCAAUAACUAUGUGACCAACAAGUCUAACAGCUUCCCCUCUGGUGUCAUUGGCAAGAUCCCAGCUCAUGAUCCUGAUGUGUCUGACAGCCUGGCCUACACCUUUGUGCAAGGAAAUGAGUUAAACUUGCUCCUUUUGGACUCUGCCACUGGGGAACUCAAACUCAGUCGCGAUCUGGACAACAACAGACCCCUGGAAGCCCUCAUGAAAGUUUCGGUCUCAG